CUCAACACACAGCCUGCAAUCUAUAGUAUCAUCAAAAAAUGAGGAAAAAAACACAACAAAAUCAAUCAUUUCAAGUAGUCUAUGAAAAUGUUACAGAAUUUGAAAAAGCCUUACUCACAAAUCAAAAUACACCUAACCAUGUACUAGUUCUUGAUGUACACGCAACAUGGUGCGGCAAGUGUAAUUCAGUAUUGUCUACCUUUGAAAAAAUUAAUAUGGAUUAUGGAGAUGACCAUCAAAUCAUUUUUGGUGUGUUGGACUCACAAAAAUUGGUGACUGAGUUGAAUGAAAUUAUGAAACCUGCUGUUCGUCUAGGAGUGACCAUCAUGAGUGCAAGAGGUUCAUCUAAAAAUCUAUUAACGCUAGGAGAAGAUGAAGUUCUCAAUGAUGAAGUUAAAGCAAAGAAAUUGUAUAAAGAGGAUGUAAAAAGAAAAAAUUAUAAGGCUCUUUUGGAAACAUUUGUAGGAUUAUCGGAACCACAUUUCCUAAUUUUUAAGGAAGGAGAAUUAAUAAGAAAAAUUAGAGGUGUAAAUACACCAAUGAUCCAUAAACUGAUCGUCCAAUUGCUUACUAAUGAACCAGCAGAACAUCCUGAGGAACCAAAGGUUGACAAAAAUGCUGAGGUACAACUCGUAGUUGAACCAGAGAAGGAAGAAGUUAAACCAGUCGAGGAAGAAAAAAAGGAGGAAGUCAUUGUAGAACAAUCUGCAGAGGAACAAAAAACAGAAACAAUAGCAACUGAGGAGACAGUAGUCGAGGAAGAAAAGAAAGAGGAAACAGUUGAGGAACAAAAGGCUGAAAGCUCAGUUGAAACUAAAACUGAAACAACUGUAGAUGCUACUACUGUAACUGAAACUAAAUCUGAAACCACCACUGAGACAACAGAAACAGAAGAAAAAACAGAAGUUAAAGAAACGACAGAAAUCCAUGAAGAGGAAGCCAAGACUGCAACAGAAUCUGUGUCUUUGGAAACUGUUGAACAUUCAACUGAUAAUCAUGAAAUAACUACCGAGAAAACUUCUGAAGUGGAAGCACCUCCAAGACCAGUUGAGGAUGUUGUUUUUGAGGAAAAACCUGUUGAAACAGUGGCUGUAUCAGAAGAAGUGGAAUCACAUGGAGAUAUUUCUAAUGAAGAGCAAGUUGAAACAAAAACUGAAGUCAAAACUGAACAAGUCGAAACAAAAACUGAAACCAAGGUAGAAACUAAAACUGAAACAACUGUAGAUACUACCACAGCAACAAAUACAGAAACCACUACCACCACUACAACUACAACUGAGGAAGUUAAACCUGAAGUGACUGGAAAGUACAAGGAAAAGUCUGGAAAGAUUUGGGCUGUCACAACCUCCACCGCUUCAACAUUUGAGUUAUUAAAUGAACAGGAUGGAAGAAAGGCCACUGGUAAAUAUACUAAGGAUUCCUCAGGAAAUUAUUCCAUCACAAUAACUUUCCAUGAUCCUAGUGGAGAUGUUGAUUUGAACUCUGUAACACCAAACCUUAACACUAUUCCACUCAGUAAUGAAGAUGCCUUCACAAAGGUAGAAUAAAGAAAUGACGCUACAGUGACAACUGACACUAAAACUACAGAAAUUAAAUAAAUAAUUGUAAAUAUUU